AUGAUCCCAACACUAAAAUCCAUAUGGAACUUGAAGAAUGGGAUAGUUCUUUUCUUCACUCCUUUGAUUUUUCUUCCACUCCCAGUGGUCAUCAACACAAGGGAGGCCAGCUGUGCCUAUGUGAUCAUACUGAUGGCAGUUUACUGGUGUACUGAGGCUCUUCCUUUAGCUGUCACUUCACUGCUACCUGCUGUCCUCUUCCCCAUGCUUGGCAUCAUGCAGUCCAAAAUGGUGUGUAUGCAAUACCUGAAGGACACUAACAUGCUGUUUGUGGGUGGACUGAUGGUCGCUGUGGCAGUUGAGCACUGGAACCUGCACAAACGCAUCGCCCUUAGAGUGCUUCUCAUUGUUGGGGUGCGCCCAGCGCUCCUGAUGCUGGGCUUCAUGGGGGUGACAGCUUUCCUCUCCAUGUGGAUCAGUAACACGGCUACUACGGCCAUGAUGGUCCCCAUAGUGCAGGCUGUGCUGGAACAGCUGAACAAACAGGAGACAGAGUCAUCACAGACAACCUGUGGUGAGGAACGGCCCCAGGCCCCUGAGGCGGAAUACAAACAGACGGCAAAUGACAGAGACACAGAAGUGGUUCUACGCAUGCUGGAUGUCUCACCAGAGGCCAAACAAAAGAAAUCAGCAGAGAAGCGGCUCAUGGCUAAAGGAAUGACUCUGUGUGUGUGUUAUGCGGCCAGCGUUGGGGGAACGGCCACACUCACAGGCACUGGACCUAACCUAGUACUGAAGGGUCAGAUGAACCAAUUAUUUCCUGACAAUGGUGAUGUCAUCAACUUUGCCUCAUGGUUUGGGUUUGCCUUCCCCAACAUGAUCAUCAUGCUGACGAUAGCUUGGCUUUAUCUUCAGUUCAUUUUCAUGGGAUUCAACAUUAGGAAGACAUGGGGAUGUGGAGCGGUAAAGUCAGAGAAGGAAAUAGCCGCCUAUAACGUGAUCCGGGAGCAGCAUCUUCAGCUGGGACCGAUGUGUUUUGGCGAACUCAGCGUUCUGGCUCUCUUCAGUUUGCUUGUAGCUCUGUGGUUUACUCGAGAUCCUGGAUUUGUAACAGGCUGGGCAACACACACCUUUAACACCGAAGCAGAAUAUGUGACAGAUGCUACAGUUGCAGUCUUCAUUGCCCUGUUGCUCUUCAUUCUGCCAUCUAAACCACCCCGGCUUUGCUUCUGGUCAUCAACUGAAUCUGAAACAGAGCCUCAACUCUCUUCUGCGCCCAGUCCAGCCCUGCUCUCCUGGAAAGUAGCUCAAAAGAAGUUACCCUGGAACAUAGUUUUGCUCCUAGGUGGAGGAUUUGCCCUGGCCAAAGGUAGCGAGGAGUCAGGUCUAUCCAGAUGGAUGGGAAACCAGUUGACUCCCCUACAUAGUAUCCCUCCCUGGGCCAUUGUUAUCAUCCUGUGCCUCUUGAUUGCCAUUUUCACUGAGUGUACCAGCAAUGUUGCCACAGCUACAUUAUUUCUUCCUGUCCUUGCUUCUAUGUCUCAGUCGGUUGGAAUCAACCCUCUUUACAUCAUGGUGCCAUGCACACUCAGUGCGUCCUUUGCAUUCAUGUUACCUGUGGCAACUCCACCAAACGCUAUAGUCUUUUCCUAUGGAUACCUCAAGGUUUCAGACAUGGCAAAAACUGGCGUGAUGAUGAAUAUCAUAGGGAUUUUCUGCAUCACCUUAUCCAUCAACACCUGGGGCAAGGCCAUGUUCAACCUAGACUCUUUCCCUGCAUGGGCCAACCAAACAGUAAUAUGACACAGUACAAGGCCAAAUGAAAACCAGCAAGCUGCUUAUUUUCUUCGCAUCAUUCUCAUAAACCUCGUGGAUCAAAGCUGCAGCAGAGAGAAAAUGAAAUCUGCCAUGUCUUGCAGGACUAUUUUGCACACUCAUAACCUCUUUCAUUGAAAGACCUACAGUAACCAAGCAC